CAGGCAAUUACCAUCAUGGAAAAUGCUCUGAAGAGGUUCGGAACGUACGAAAACUUCGAGGCGAGGACCGGCGGCAAGCGGCUGACGCGAGGCGAGAUCCUGACUAUCGUCAAACGGUGCUUCAAGAGGGAGAAACUCCAGAACGGCGAGGUGAUGAUAAACCUGUCAGACGACCUGUUGUCGCGCGCCUCCAUGACGCAGAGUCGGGGCAGACCUACACUCAACAUCAACGUCAACACUUCCCGCCAGUUCUGGCUGGAGGGCGUGGCAAGACACGAGAUAGGGACUCACUACCUCCGGAGCUAUAACAACAGACUCCAGCCGUGGCAUGGUGGGAAGGGUCGGCGGCAAUACGGGCUUCUCAGCGUCAACCCUACCGAGGAGGGCCUGGCCAGCCUGCACAGUGUCCUGUACCGCCGGCAUCCCUUCCUGUGGCGGGCCGCUCUCCUGUACUACACGGCCUACAGGGCUUCUCAGAUGUCCUUCUCUAACCUGUUCAAAGACCUGGGCAGGUUUGUCCGGGACCCGUAUGUACGCUGGGACUAUGUGCUCAGGGCCAAACGUGGACAGAUAGACACUUCUCUGCCAGGUUGUUUCUGUAAGGACCAGGUGUAUCUAGAAGGCGCCCUGGAGAUCCUGAGGUACAGAAAAGACAUCGACUUCCACAAGUUGAUGCGCAUGGGUAAAGUGUCCUGGCAGGACAUGGGGAGACUGCAGGAACACAUGCAGGCUGACGGCACCAGGAUACCCAGCUUCAUGGACAACCUGGAGCAGUACAGAAAACUACUGGACUAUAUAGUCAUGGCUAACGGACUGUCUGAUGAACAACUCUGACAACUAAGGACUUAACAUCUUUAAAAAUGUGUUGGAUUCACUAUUCAACAGACCGACAAAACACUUCCAUUUCUGUCAUGGCCAAAGACACUCCGCUGUUCAUCACACAAGGCUCCGUCUUAAUUUCAGUCAGUUAAGCUACGGU